AUGGCAAGCCAGUCUCGCCAUCAGAGUUUAGAUACAAAAGAAGUGCAGCAGGAGGAACAUGCCUUGCACGGAAGUGCAGGAUACACUAGGAGAGAUGCCCUUGACUUAUCCAGAAUCUUUUCUACGGCAACUAAGCAACUGUUGGAUUUGGGAGCAUUUGUGGAGGCAGCCCGGCAUUAUUCUCUAAUAGGUAUGCGAUUAUGCACUCCCAUUGAGGAGCUGAUUGAUGCUUUUACUACUCGAAGAACACAGGAAACUGAGCAAGUAAAAACAGAUCAGUUUAUGAAUGAUAAGAAAUCACAUGAAGUUGUGAUCAUGUCACAACUGGUGGAGGGCAUUGCAAAUAUCUAUCACAUUAAACAGGUUAUAGAUUUGGGAGCUGGAAAAGGUUAUUUAAGCUCAUAUUUAUCUAUGCGUUAUGGCCUAAACGUUUAUGGGAUUGAUUCUUCUCAUACCAAUACAGAUGGAGCUAACAAGAGAAACCGGAAAUUGAAAAAAUAUUGGCAAGUCUAUAAAAUAAAUGCCAGAACCACUUCAAACGCUCAGAAAUCUGACCAAAAGGAAGAAAGUUUAUUGCCAACAAAUCAUUGUCCAGAUACAAAUGCUGAUCAAGACAUUUCAAGACUGAAAGUGGAUGAUUUAAGACUAGAAGGGCCAUCUAUUUUAAAUUCAUUUCAAGACAAAAUGAGCCUUUUCUCUUAUUCUUCUGAGUGGGCAAACCAGCAAGACUGCAGUAACACUGUUCAUCCAAUACAGACUACAGAUACAGUGGAUUCAUCAUGUAACGCUUGCUCCUUUUUGGAUGUUUUACCCACAGGGGCUGUUGAGUUGCCCGCCUUGUCUAAAAAUGUUUGCAAAGUUCUCACUCAACAAGAAAAAGAGAGAAGGAAAAUGGAAAACAUAAAGGCCAAAAACCUGAAGGAGUCACAUGUUUAUUCACCCCUCACUUCCUAUAUCACUGCUGAGACGGAGCUCCAUGAAAUAAUUGCUGAUCUAGAGGAAUCCAUUAUGGUUGGCUUGCAUACGUGUGGGGAUCUUGCUCCAAAUACAUUGCGUAUUUUUGCCGCAAAACCAGAAGUUAAAGCCGUUUGCAGUGUUGGCUGCUGUUAUCAUUUUCUGUCAGAAGAAUUUAAUAAUCUGGAAGAUGAUACAAGUGGAACAUGGGGAUUUCCUAUGAGCAAGUAUUUGAAGGAGAAGGGCUGCCACAUUGGUCGGAAUGCUAGAAUGUCAGCUUGUUUGGCUCUAGAGCGUGUUGCGGUCGGCCAAGGGCUUCCCACUGAGUCCUUGUUUUAUCGAGCAGUGCUUCAGGUCAUCUGCAAAGAAGUUUAUGGAAUCACGCAAAGGUCCUAUGCGAUCGUCCCGCAGAGCAAGAAUGUCCUUCAAAUUGACCAACGUGUUGGAAAGAUAUUCUCCAAGUCAUCAGGCUUCACUGACUAUGUCAGGAAAUCUCUGAAGAAAUUUGGGCAAGAUGAUUCAAAGCUUUCAGACCAAGAAAUAAUGGGAUAUUAUGAGACGUAUGAGGCCAGAAGAAAUGAGCUGGAAGCUUUUAAUAGGCUGAAGGUUUUCCUGGCACCAUGUAUUGAGGCCUUGAUCCUCCUGGACCGACUCUGCUAUCUGAGAGAACAGGAAAACAUUGCCUGGUCUGGAGUGGUGAAGCUUUUUGACCCUGUGAAAUCCCCUAGAUGUUAUGCAGUGGUUUCACUGAAGCAGCCUUAAAGACACUGUGUGUGACAUAAGUUGUAUAUCUGUCUAUUCUGUACA